AUGGGGAGUUUGUUGAGGCCAGUUGAUCUGGUAAACCAGCCACUGGGAUUUCAAGAAAGGCAUAAGAUUUUGCAGAAAUUAUUCAAGCAAUUACAAAAGGCGUACGCACAUACGAAAAGAACCAACAUCGACCUUGAAAGACUUGCAACUCGCCUGGAAGUGCACGUAGCCAAAAACAGCUUGUCUGGUCAGAGUUACAAGUUUAACAUGAGCAUUUUGUUGCGAGAUAUACUUAAAUACAAGGGAGAUCUCUCGAAGGUCAAAAUCAAUGGGCGUCCCCUCAAAGGAUCCAAGCCCUGCCUAUACUCAAAUAGCAAUACAGGGCAUAUCACUACAAAGUCAAAAGCGAUGGAAGCUCUGAAGUCUCUUAUUUUGGAUGUGAAGGCUUUGGAAAAAAAUGGGUAUAUUGUUGAGGAGAUGCAAAAUGAAGUUAAUGAUGAUAAUAAUGCCCAACUGUAUGCACCUUGUUUGCGAUGCAAUACAAAUUUCAAGAAAAUAGAUAUCAUGGAAAAAACCCUAUGCAGAUAUCAUCCGUCAAAGAGAAUAUAUAACAGAGACACCAGGAGCCAUCAAUAUCCAUGCUGCGGCGAAACAACCAACUCCGUUUCUUUUCUAAGACUGGGGUGCAAAACGUUUCUUCAUCAUGUGUUUCGAGGAGAAUCGUAUAAUGAGCUGUGUAGAAUUUCCAAGUUCUCCAGUACGGAACACAUUGAUGGCGUAGAGAAUGUUCUUUCUCUUGACUGUGAAAUGGCUUUCACAUCCUUGGGCUAUGAGAUGAUACGUUUGACAAUUGUAGACUUUUUCACCGGAAGGACACUAUUUGACCAUGUCAUUCAACCAAUAGGGGACAUUGUAGAUUUAAAUUCCGACUAUAGCGGCGUCCAUGAGAUUGAUCGAACCAAAUGCCCAACGUACCAGGAGGCACUUGCUAUAUUCUUAUCGGAAAAUUUAAUAAAUAAGAAUAGUAUCCUUGUAGGCCACGGGCUUGAGAAUGAUUUAAAUGUUAUGAGAAUAUUUCAUGAUAAAGUAAUAGAUACGGCAAUUCUUUACUCAAAAUCAAAGUUCAAGGUGUCUUUGAAGAAUUUAGCGUUUGAAGUUUUAAGUAGAAAAAUCCAAAAUGGCGAGCAUGAUAGUUCUCAAGAUGCAAUAGCUACAAUGGAUGUUGUCAAAGUUAAGAUAGGUAUUUCUCCAAGACAAACCACUUGGAAAGAAUAA